AUGUCAGACAUCCACCGAGCCAGCACUACCGCCCCGGUAAAUAUCGCCGUCAUAAAAUACUGGGGGAAGCGCGACCCCAAGCUCAACCUCCCCACCAACUCGUCCCUCAGCGUGACCCUCUCGCAAGCCGAUCUCCGCACGCACACCACCGCGUCUUGCUCCUCCACCUACCCCAGCCAGGACGCCCUCUUCCUCAACGGCCAGUCUCAAGAUGUGUCCGGCGCACGGACACAAGCCUGCUUCCGCGAGCUGCGUGCUCUCCGCAAACAACUAGAAGAGAAGGACUCGAGCCUGCCCAAGCUCGCCGACCUCCCUCUCCGCAUCGUGUCUGAGAACAACUUCCCCACGGCUGCUGGUCUCGCCAGUUCCGCUGCCGGAUUCGCCGCGCUUGUUCGCGCCAUCGCCAACCUCUACGUCCUCCCUUCCUCGCCCACCGACCUGUCCCGCAUUGCACGACAAGGCUCUGGCUCUGCAUGCCGGAGUCUGUUCGGCGGCUAUGUAGGCUGGGAACAGGGCUCCGCCACCGAUGGCAGCGACAGCGUGGCUUUCCAAGUCGCCCCCGCAUCACACUGGCCCAACAUGCGCGCCGUCAUUCUUGUCGUUAGUGCCGCGAAGAAGGGCGUGUCCAGCACAACAGGCAUGCAAACCACCGUCGCGACGUCAACCUUGUUCCAAUCCCGCGCUGCCGAGACGGUGCCCAGGCGCAUGAAGGAAAUGCAGGAAGCGAUCCAGAACAAGGAUUUUGAAGCAUUCGGCAAACUGGCUAUGAUGGAUUCAAACUCCUUCCACGCUACGUGUUUGGACACGUUCCCGCCGAUUUUCUACCUUAAUGAUAUCUCGCGUGCGGCUAUCAAGGUCGUUGAAGCUAUCAACGCUGCUGCUGGGAAGAUCAUUGCGGCGUACACUUUUGACGCGGGCCCGAACGCUGUCGUGUACUACGAGGAGGAAAACGAGAAGGAGGUUGCUGGCCUGUUCAAGACUAUUUUGAAUGAGAAGGAUGGAUGGCAGGGCGAGAGAGGAAGCAAGGUCCAGGCGAACGCUGAGGCGCUUGAAAAGGUCAAGACGGAGGCUGGACCCGCUAUUGCGAUGCUUGAAGAGGGUGUCAGCAGGAUCAUUCUCACUGGCGUUGGAGAGGGUCCUGUCCAGACCGAGGAGAGCUUGAUUAAUGAGAAGGGCGAGCCUGUUAACAGCGCUUAGAAGGAAGUAGGUUGGAGUUGGCCAUGUGUAGUGGAUACCCGUAGAUAGAGUCAACAGUUGCGUGGAAGAAGAGAAGACAAAUACCUUGCAUUGCAUGUAAGACAGAAUGUGAAGUUUGUAGUCUUGUAUACAAUCAGAUUGAAGAUGUGCUAC